ACACUGAUCACAAUUUUUUUUUUAAAUGGCACUUCAUAUCAAAAGGUUGCCGACCCCUGGCCUAAGGAAUAUGAUGUCCAUGAGAACAUAGGCACUACGUGCCUUACCUGUGAGCAGAGGGACAAGGUGAAAAGCUAACUCUUCUUUCGGCCAUAGGCAGACAUCUGCCAUUCUUUACAAAAAUUGUCAGAAAGUGCUCAAUGUCAUCUUCUGGAUUGAGUGGUUUCGACUUGGGGUCUCUGCGCAUGUGUGCUGCCCUUGUUGUUGAUGGCGGCUCAUUCUGCUGGGUGGGUUGAGCCUCACCAUCAGGCCACGUCGUCACCUUCAACACUCUCACGUCACUCUUCUUUGUUAUCAUAUCCUUCUCUCAAUUCCGUCACCUGUGCUUGGAUUUGUUCGAAUUGGUGCUGCAUAUGUCUCCAUCUCUGCUCUUGGGGCGUGGCCUCUUUCUCCAACUGCUGAUCUCUGGAAGCAUGGGAGCAUACAAGAGAUUUGCCAUGCUUGUUAACUCCUCCAUGUCAUCAGGUGUUCUGGCUGCCGCGGCCCCCUGCUGGUCAGGAUGGAGGCAAAGAGGAGAACACAAGACCGAAUGGUGUUUCAAGAUACUAAUCUCUGCCCCCCCCAGGUUCACUCUGACAGCACAGAGUCUGUUCCAGAUGAAGCGUCAGCUGGACAAACUGGCCGAUCUGAUCGUGAAGGUCACCUACGAGAGUGACCCGAUCCCACUGCAGAAACCUCAGAUGGAGGAGCGAGUCAAAUACCUCAUCUAUCACCUGAUCAAGAGCUCGUUUGUGGUGGAGAAGCAGCCAUGCAUGCCCACACAUCCCCAGAAACCCCUCAUCAUCAAGACUGGCGUGCAAUUCACCACCAAAGUCAGACUCCUGGUUAAACUUCCAGAAGUGGAUUAUCAGCUGAAAGUCAAAACAACAUUUGACAAGGACCUACCCCCCGGCAGAGUAAGUCGUCAGUUUUUCAUCCUGACCAACAACACUAAAGUUAUGGACAUCGAGGACUACUCAAACGGCUGCCUCUCAGUGGAGUUCAGACAUCUGGUAAUACAAUUUGUGCUUGUGUGUAAUUUAUUACCAGAACAUGAGGACACAGAAUACUUCUGGCUGAUCAAGGACUCAAAACACAAGGAGAGCAUCGGAGAGCUAGAACUGAGACUGAAAGCUCUGGUAUCAACAGGAGGUCGGAGUGUUCAAGCAGCAUGUGACUGGCUCUUCUCUCAUGUAGAUGACCCGUUCCUGGACGACCCUCUGCCCAGGGAGUUUGUCCUCUACCUGCGGCCCAGCGGACCCCUGCAGAACCAGCUCUCACACUUCUGGCAGCAGAGCCGCGUCACAUGUGGCAAAAACAAAGCACACAACAUUUUCCCCCACAUUACCCUCUGCCAGUUCUUCAUGUGUGCAGACCACAAAGUGGAAGACCUGUGUGAGGCCCUGCAGGCGUCCGUCCAGCAGUGGCGGGGUCGAUUCCCCAGCCCUCUGCCUCUGGAGCUCUACACAUCCUCCAACUUCAUCGGCCUGUUCGUGGAGGAGACGGUGGCCGACAUCCUCAAGCAGUUUGCCGCUGACUUCUCCACAGAGGCCGCCAAGAAGGCAGAGGUGCAUGUGGAGCCUCAUAAGAAGCAGCUCCAUGUAACACUGGCCUACAACUUCCCCACCAAUCACCUGCCUUCGCUGGAGAAACUGGCCAAGGGCAUUGAAGUUAAGCUGGGCUGUGAUUGGCUGGCAGUCUUGUUUUCACGGGACAUUCGUUUUGCAAACCAUGAGACGCUGCGGGUAAUGUACCCCUACUCGCCUCAGAACGAGGAUGAGCUGGAGCUGGUUCCUGGAGAUUUUGUCUUCAUGUCUCCGGUGGAUCAGAGCAUUACCAGCGAGGGCUGGGUGUACGGGACCUCGCUGGGCUCAGGGCUGUCCGGCCUGCUGCCUGAGAACUACGUCAGCCUGGCGGAUGAGUCUGAGACCUGGGUGUUCCACGGCUCCCAUUCCUUCUUCAGCUGUGGGCCAAGUGACAGGAGCAGUAAGGACAGAGGGAUGUUUGACGGGCUGCUGGACAGCCGACGGAUGGAGAACAGCAGUCCUGGAGAUACCCCCACCCUCAGUCUCAUCUGUCAUCCAAUGCAGGUGCAGAAGCUGUCCAGCCUGGUUCUCCCGAGCGAGGUGAUCAUCGCCCAGAGCUCCGUGCCAGGCGGCAUCCCAUGCCUUCACACUCCCGCCCCCGGCCUCUCUACCACACUGGCACAACUGUUUCCCAUACCAACCUCCACUCCCCGCUUCCCUUUUCUAAUAAACACUGUCCUUUCCCAGCUGAUCCCGAGCUGA